UUUAAGUGGCCACGUAUGGCCACUUGGUACGCAAAGGGUUAACAACACGGAGGACUUUCAAAUGUCUUCAAAAUAGAAACCCGAAAGUCGCAUAUUGAAUAACGCUUUAGCAGUUUACUGCUUGCUAAACCAAAGGACACAAAUAGCUCAGAUUGUGAUACGCGCAAUGAAUACAUAUGCAUUUAUGGACCAGAACCUGGCAGUUAUUGUUUUUCUACAAAUUCUGACGACUGAUGUGGGCCUCGUCGAAAGCGCCGCUGAAAAUAUACAGGGAAAGAAACAUUUUGCAGAAUUCAGGAUGUUACAAAUCGAAAAGGAUCUCAGGAAACCAUUUGUGGAAGAUAGCAGAGUUUUAGCUAAAAGGGGUGCGGUCCGUUCCGCUACCCUCAGAUGGACUACUUCCACUGAUGAUGGAAAACCUGUUGUCAGGAUCCCUUUCGUUGUGGACAAUGGCCUAGAUUCCAAAGCAGAAUCAGAACUAAAACGCGCCAUUCAGGAUUUACAGGCGGCAACUUGUGUCAGGUUUCUUCCCCGAACCAUACAGGAGGACUAUGUUAGUUUUGAACCUGGUUCAGGUUGUUCCUCUCCAAUUGGGAAGCGAGAAGGAAAGGAAAUCGUCUUUGUUGGCCAGGGUUGCGAAAACAAAGGAGCAAUUUUACACGAGCUAGUUUAUUUGCUGGGGUUUUACGACGAACACAACAGAGCUGACCGGGAUGACUAUAUACAAAUUUUUGAGGAAAACAUCGCUCAAGGGUGGAAGGAAGAAGUCAUGAGGAUAUAUCAACCCGACUUCAUGGAUAAUUUGGGCUUUGAUUACGACCUGCAUUCCAUCAUGCAGUACAAGAAGACCGCCUUCGCUAAACGAGCAGGCUUGGUAACAAUGCAAGCGAGGUCAGAUCCUAAUAUGGAGCUUGGAAACCAAAACGCUAUGUCAGCGGCUGACAUCAUGAAGAUUAACAAGCUGUACCAGUGUUCUGGGAGUGGCGAUUUAUAUAAAAACAUGGAGGUGACAGUACAAACCGGAAACGGCUUCCUGGAUGGCACAAAUGCCUUUCUGUACCUCGAGCUGAUCGGUGAAGGUGAUAAGAGAUCUGGAGAGAGUAACGUGGCGAAAGGUGGUUACCAUGACGACUUUGAAUCUGGAAAGACAGGCCGUUACCUUGUGGCGUUCAAGGAUGUAGGCCCUAUUCGCAAGCUCAAGGUUAGAUUGCAGGAAAACCCAAGUGGAAGUUAUUUUGAUGGCUGGACCUUUAGCAAGAUCAUCAUCAGGGACGAUGGCCAAACGUACACAUUUGAUGGAAGAGAUCUUAGUAUUGGACAUAGUGUCACUGUAAAUGCUUCCUAAACGAGGAAUUCUCAUAAUCCAUGUUCGCAAGCGUGCAUGAAUGGUUAUUCAACACCGGGGUCUUCACUUAAUUAAGUUGUUGUUUGUUACCUCAGUAAGUUGAGGAAAUGCCGGAAUGCACAUACAUGUAGCUGGCGUUAGAAAUUCAGAAAGUAAUAAAAGUGGGCUUCGACACUAGAGUGAUGUCUCGCAGUGAUCUCGUUUAAGCCCUUCUCCUUAGUCAGAUAGCUGUAGGUCUCUUAUAAGCUCGCUUAUAAUUCAGCCCUCUUGAACUCGAAUAAUUACAAAUGUGGCACACCUUGGAGAUUAAAAAAAAGCGAUAAAAGUGUGAAGUGUACAGAGGACAUUGAUGUCUCCCUGUAAUCUCUAUUAUGCCCCUCUCACGAAUAAGAUAGUUGUAGGUCUGUAAUAAGCUCGCUUGUAAUUCAGCCCUCUUGAACUCAAAUGAUAACAAAUGUAGCCGGCCUUAAAAAUUAAAACAAGGGCAAUAAAAGUGCAAAGUGUACAGACCA